ACGCGAUAGAUCACUCGCAGCAUCUCUCUAAAGGACAUGACUAGACUAAACGGACAGAGAAUGGAUGCAAACGUCGUGGUACUCGGCACAGACAAUGUGGGAAAAUCUGCACUUAUUGUCCGAUUCCUGACUCGAAGAUUCAUCGGGGAAUAUGGGGAUAUCGAGUCCCUUUACACUCACAAUGUUGUUGUGGAUGGACGAGAGCAGACUUUAAAUAUAUGGGAUGCACCAUAUUCACAGCAGGAUCUGUCUUCCGAGUCCUUGAUGUGUGAGAAAAGAGUCCAGUGGGCAGAUGGCUUUGUGCUGGUCUACAGCAUCUGUGACCGAGCCAGUUUCAACGCGGUUUCCAGACUCAUUCAAAUAAUCAAAACCACUAAGGACUUUCUGGGCUUUGAGAAGAUGCCCAUAGUUAUUGUGGGAAACAAGAGGGACCUGCACCAUCGCCGUACGGUCCUCAGCGAAGAGGGCAGGCUGCUUGCGCUCUCUGCAGACUGUCAGUUUUAUGAGGUCUCGGCAGCUGAGAACUACCACAGUGUCCUCAUGGUUUUCCAUGGGCUGGUGGAUCGCAUCAGGGAGUCCAGGGUGUCUGUAAAAAAGUUAGCAGGGAUCAAGGGCAUUGUGAAGAGCAUGUCUGCAGUGUUCGCCCGCAGGCGAACAGAUUCGCUGUGAAGCUGAUGGGAGCUCUGGAAAUAAAGCUUAUGUGGUCUGAUGUGACCUAUUUUAGACCCACUGAGAGGGACGAGCUAUUGCUGUGGCUUGCAUGAGAGUCUGGAAUCGCUCGUGUGACUACAGCUGGAUCUUCUGCGUGGGCAGCCAAGAGAUUGCCCUAGUAUGUCUGCUGAGGUGAUGGCUUCCUUUGAGAACAUUGAAAUCAUAGAGUUCUCAAUAAAAUGCUUAAGAUGUGAUGUGGCAGCAGAUUAUAUCAAUCAUAAGUGGAGUGAAUAUUCCAUUGUAUGAGGAUAAAUAUGUAAUUUAACCUCCUUUGCUUACUUUAAAAGGAAUAGAUCAGCUAAAAAUUUCAAUUUUCUGAAAAUUUACUCAGGCCAUCCGAGAUGAAGAUGAGUUUGUUUCUUCAUCUGCACAGAUUUACAGAAAUGUAGUAUUUGUUCACCAAUGGAUCCUCUGGAGUGAAUGGGUGCCGUCAGAAUGAGAGCUGAUAAAAACAAGUAAUCCACAUAAACAACUGCUUUGGACUGUUUGGACUUCACAAAAUGUGAAUUGAUGGCUGCAGUUGUGUUGAUUACCUAUGGAUUAUUGUGAUGUUUUUAUCAAAUGUUUGAACUCUCAUUCUGACGGCACCCAUUCACUGCACAGGUGCGGAGGUGAUGUGAUGCUAAAUUUGUUCAAAGUUUAUAUCUCGCAGUUCUUAGUAAAAAAGUCAGAAUUGCGCGAUAUAAACUCGCAAUUGCGAAAAAAGUCUGAAUUGCAAGAUACAAACUGGGAAUUCUGAGAAAAAAAUCUUUGUGACUUUAUGACUCGCAAUUGUAAGUUGACGUAUAUCACGCAAUUCUACGAAAAAAACAAAAACAGAAUUGAGAUAUUAACUCGCAAUUGCAAGAAAAAAAACUAAAUUGAUAUACAUACUCAGAAAAUUCUGCGUUUUUAUCUCACAAUUCUGACUUCAUUUCUCAGAAUUGUUUAUAUCUCGUAAUUCUAAGGAAAAAGUCAGAAUUGCGAGAUAUAAAUUCGCAGUUGCAAAAAAAGUCAGAAUUGCAAGAUACAGACUCGAAAUUCUAAAAAAAAAUUCUGAAUUGCGAGUUCAUAUCAAUUCUCAGUAAAAAGUUGGAAUUACGAGAUAUAAACUCGCAAUUGUGGAAAAAGUCAGAAUUGCUAGUUUAUAUCACGCAGUUCUGAGAAAAAAGUCAGAAUUGCGAGAUUUAAACUCACUAAUGCAAAGAAAUUCAGAAUAGCGAGAUAUAAACUUGAAAUUCUGAGAAAAAAGUCAGAAUUGAGAUAAAUUCCCAAUUGUGAGAAAAAAUUUAGAAUUGUGAGUUUAUCUCUCACAAUUCUAAGGAAAAAGUAAUAAUUGUGAGAUAUAAAUUCGCAAUUGAGAGAAAAAAGUUAGAAUUGCGAGAUAUAAACUCGCAUUUGCAAAGAAAGUCAGAAUUGCAAAAUAUAAACUCACAAUUGCGAAAAAAAAGUCAGAAUUGUGAGAUAUAAACUCGCAAUUGCAAAGAAAAUCAGAAUUGCAGAUAUAAACUCAGAAUUCUGAGAAAAAAAGUCUGAAUUGCGAGUUUAUAUUUCUCUAAAUCUGUUUAGAAACAAACUCAUCUACAUCUUGGCUGGCCUGAGGGCGAGUACAUUUUCAGCUAAUUUUCUUUGUUGGGUGAACUAUUCCUUUUGAACAGGAAAGAUUUCAGUGCUUCUGCAAAUAAUCAUGAACGUUGGAAGAAGGUAAACACUGUGGUGAUGACGGCCGUGGGAAUCUUUCAUGAGUCAGUGCUGAUGCGCCGUGGCCUAAAAAUAUAAGCUGACGCAAUACAACAUUGUAUUUUGCUACAUUAAUCAAAACAAAAGUCUCCAAAAGUAUCAGGUAUUAUCAUUCAAGGAGCUGUUACCAGCUCAAGGCUGUCUUGGAGUUUAAUUACAAUGGACUGUUUGAUGAUUGCAUCUGUGUUUUUUUUCCCCAGCUUCAUUUCUGAGGCUGUUCAAGUGCUUUAUGAAGAGUGUGUAUUGGUUUCUCGACCACAUUGUUUAAUAAUUCUUGUGCUAUAGAGCUAACAAUCAAAGGAACUCUUCCCCUGUGUGCCAUUUUACAGUGCAAUGUUACAAUCAGAAAAUGAAUAUGUUGUAUUUGUAUUGAAUACAUUGUUAAACCAAAAUCAGGUUGUUAAUGUUAACUGUGGUUGAUGAAAGAUUCCAGAUAGAAGUUUAAAGGGAAACAAAUGCAAUGAAUACAUGG